AUGCAGUGCAAGCCAGAAGAGUUUGUCUCCCUAAUAUUCUCUCUUAUCAAUGAUCUAAAUGACCCAGGAGUCCAGAAGUACAAAAGAAAGCUCGUGAAUGGAUACAUAAACAACACAGUGCAGAUGGUGCAUAGCAGAGAGACCUCUUUGAACAAAAAGUUCUUCUUUACUAUUUCCAUGGUCUCAAUAAUUCUCCAGCUGGAAGAGCAGGAGGACAGCAAGUACAUAACGAAAGACAUUCCGCAGGAAAUAAAAACAGACUUGAUCGACUAUCUGUGCAAACAGGAGAUAUCAAAAAUAAGAGCAAUAAUCAUAGACCUGUACACGGGAAUGUACACAGACGACCAGAAACACGGGAUAAAGCCAGAGCCGUGGGCCCUAAAGACAGUCGAAGAAAUAUCCACAAUAAUCCCAAUAGAGCCGCUAAAGUGGCUUGUCCAACCAAAACAGAUGGUCAUGAAAAUGCUGCACAGGUAUCUGCUGCAGGAAAUAAAGGAGGCAUUCGUGAGCAAAGCCAAGCCCUUCGGAAGAAGAGGGAAUCAGCUCAUCAUAAAUAUCCUCUACAUCGAAAAAUACUUUAAAAAGCACUGGACAGAGGGAAACACAAUGAAAGUUCUGCUGGAGGAGAUACGCAACAACUUCAAAGACAAAAAGGACAUCAAAACAACAGAAGAGCUAAUGAAAUACACAGAGUAG